AUGGACACUGGAAAUUGGAGCAAGGUAACAGAAUUUAUCAUCUUGGGCUUUCCCCAUCUCCAGGGUGUCCAGACUUACCUCUUUCUCUUACUGCUUUUCAUAUACCUGGUUACUGUUCUUGGAAACUUAUUGAUCUUUCUAGUGGUCAGAUUGGAUACUAAGCUCCACACACCAAUGUACCAAUUUGUUAGUGUCCUCUCCCUCCUUGAGCUUGGAUACACAGCUGCCACCAUCCCUAAGAUGCUUGCUAACCUUCUCAGCAAAAAGAAGACAAUUUCCUUUUCUGGCUGUCUCCUUCAGAUCUACUUCUUCCACUCUCUGGGAGCUUCUGAGUGCUACCUCCUCACAGCCAUGGCUUAUGAUAGAUAUCUGGCCAUUUGCAGGCCUCUUCAUUACCCUACCCUUAUGACCCCAACACUCUGUACCAAGAUGGCUGCAGGAUGCUGGCUGAUUGGCUUGGCAGGACCAAUAGUUGAGAUAUCUCUUGUUUCUCGGCUCCCCUUCUGUGGUCCCAACCACAUUCAACAUAUAUUUUGUGACUUUCCCCCAGUAUUAAGUUUGGCUUGCACAGACACUUCCAUCAAUGUCAUGGUGGACUUUAUAAUCAACUCCUGCAAGAUCCUGGCAACCUUUUUAUUGAUCCUCACCUCCUAUGUCCAGAUUAUUCGAACUGUUCUCAGAAUACCCUCAGCUGAGGGCAAAAGGAAAGCAUUUUCCACUUGUGCUUCCCACCUUACUGUGGUCCUCAUCUUUUUUGGGAGUAUUCUUUUCAUGUAUGUGAGACUGAAGAAAAGCUACUCACUUGAUUAUGAUCGGGCAUUGGCUGUUGUCUAUUCCAUAAUCACACCCUUCCUCAACCCAUUCAUCUACAGUCUACGUAAUAAGGAGAUCAAGGAUGCUGUAAGAAGGCUAUUACAGAGGACAAGAAUCCUACAUAUUUGA